AAUAAAUGUUUUGUGAACACCGAGGAGACGACGGAACAAGAUAAUCGUGAGGACGACCACAACAAACAACAAUGGCCUUCUCUCCCAACCCUCUCUCUCUAAGCGUUCCCGAUCCUGCUUUCGAAUCUUGGCUCCGUGACUCCGGCUACCUCGACCUCCUCGAUCACCGCACCUCCGCCGCAGCAGCAGCACCCGCCCCCGCCUCCUCAUCAUCCUCCUCAGCUGCCGCCGCACCUUCUUCCGCCUCCGACGACGUCGUCUCCUCCAUAACCGGCGGCUUCUUCGCCUCUCUAUUGUCUCGUCUCGUCACCGUCUCUUCUCUUCUGGCAAUCAACCCCUUCUCCAAGCUAUCCGCCGAUGACUUCUCAGGCGAUACGCCUCCGUGGACCACAGGCUUCUUCGGGGCGUGCGACUCGUACUCGUUCCCGGCGUCUUCUCAGCAGGCGAGGAUGAGGGUUCAUGAGAAUAUCAAGAGAUUCGCUAGGAAUUACGCUACGUUGUUCAUCGUCUUCUUCGCUUGCGCAUUGUAUCAGAUGCCACUUGCAUUGGUGGGGUUGUUAGCAAGUUUGGCACUUUGGGAGCUGUUCAAGUACUGCAGUGACAGAUGGGAGUUUGAUCGUCACCCUUCUGCUCGGAAGCUCGUGAUUGGUAUUGGACAGUGCGGGACUGCGGUACUUCUGACGUUUUUGAAUGUCCAAAUGGCUCUUUUCUCUGCUCUUGCGGUCAGUUAUUCAGUUAUGCUAUUACAUGCCGGGUUCAGGAAACUCACUCCCUCCAAGAAACCUUCUCGAGGAAGAUAAAGACAGUAAUUUUGGAUUAGGCAAUGAGAUUCAUUAGCAGUUUUGGUAGCUCAGACAACCAAUAACCACAACAGCAGCAAAGCUAGAUGGUAGAUUAAGAAAGUGUGAAUUGUUAGACAUCAUCUCAAAUCACAAUUUGUAAUAAGUAAAAGAGAGAGUUUAUGAUGAAUGGUGAGAAUAUAGAAUAUAUACAAUUGUUUUAUUACCCUCAUCACAAGUAGGAUUUCUCACGACAA